AUGGCCGAAAUUCGAAAACUCCUAGUGCUUCGUGGAGAUCGCAUUGGCCCCGAAAUCAUAGCGGAAGCACUGAAACCGCUAACUGUUCUAGUAGAAGAGAGGCCCGAUUUCAAGGUACAAGUAAGGUACGGACUCCUCGCAGGUGCGAGCCUAGACAAGACAAACGAACCCAUUACCGACAAAGUUCUGGACGCCGCUCUUGCCACCGACGCAGUUCUUCUGGGGUCCGUUGGGGAACCAGAAUGGGCACAUAUGCCGGGAGCUCUCAAUCCUGAAAAGGGCAUUCUGCGUCUGAGACAGCGACUAGAUGCAUUCGCGAAUAUUAGACCUUGCCGUUUCUGUGCAUCGAGUUUGGUUGAGCAGUCUCCACUCAAGUCUGAUAUGGUUAAUGGAGUCAAUUUUGGCGAACAGUAUGCCGCGAGAAGCAGAUCUACUGGAGGAUGCUGUACGAAAGACAUUGGACUCGCACAAUCAUAA